AUGCUGUCCGGAACUUCAUCUGUGCGACUCAAGAUUGCGCACCAUCUUUAUGGUUUCAGCGCGGACGGUUCGUACGAGAAGACCUUACAGCUAAGCAGAGAGCUUGGUGAGAAGUGUCGCUCGAAUGCCAAGAUCCUGCAUUCUCUACUGUCUCACUCUUCUACGUCCCAGAGCAAUGCAAUAACUGGCUUUCACAUCAGAUUGCUCGACGUUCUGACCCUCGGGUCCCUCAUGGCCCUACAUAGCCCUUUUGCGCUUCGCGCACGGGGCAAUCCAGCCUUUUACUUUUCCCAGAAAGUCUGUUUCAAAGCGGCGUGGACGCUGGCAUCUCGAUCCAUGGCACCAUGGCAACAGUCUUGCAUUGCGCCCGCUCAGGAUAUCUACUACCGGCUGCGUCUUCACGCUUCUGGCUUGUUCGAGCGAGUGCAUUCCCAAGCUACAGAAGAGUCAUUUCUGUCCAAUGAGCUCUUUAACCGCCAAGCGGUAUUCGACACGAUUCAGCACAAUAUCGACCUGUGCGCUGGCCGCAUCGAGGAAGGAAGUACCGAUAUCGCUUCCCACCUGAUAUUUUCAUGCGCACUCGCGCAUGUGCGAGCACUUGAGAGUAUGGAGAAGCCGGAAGUGUGGGUCGCAGAAGCUGCAAGACGAAGCCUCAGCACAUGCUUGGAAAUCCUUCAAAGAGCAGCUGCGGUUGUCGCUCCAGACGCGCCCGGGUUAGAGGCGGUCAUAGGGAAUGUUGAACGCAACGUGCAGCAAAAUUUCGGCGUACUCGACGAGCAAGGGUGGUACAAUUUUGAUGCAUUGGAUCUUCAGAUAGAUCAACUUCCGCAAGUGACUUCUUUCGAAACAAUAAAUGGACCAAGGCUGUCAUUGAACUUAAAGUUGCAUAACAAUUCAAUGUCAUUCGAGAUGCCAAACAUACGUGUUGCCAGCGAAUUUGCCGUGGACACCUCUUGA